AUGCUAUUAUUUCUAUUUGUUAAACAUGCCUCCUCUUUUUCUUCAUAUGUACAAGCAGACACUUCUUGCCUGCAUUGGCUGUUGCAAAAGUACUUUAAUUUUUGGCAUUUCCUCAUAACAGCACUGUUUUUCUUUUCUUUUUUUUCAGGAAUGGAACUCAGAAGAGAUUUUGGAUCAUUUCAUGUGUCAAAUGUCCAGGAACUUUUGGAAAUUCCUGAGGAACAAUUUAUUCCUGUCAAAUUUCCUGUGGAUUUACCAACUUUUGAGAAUUAUAAGGAACAGACAGUACCAUUUGGAAAAAGAAUUCGAAAAGACCAUUUCUUUCUGGAAGAUCAAGUGACAUUCAUUAACCAUGGAGCUUUUGGCGCUGUUUUACGAGAAGCUUUGGAAACUGCCCAGGCAUGGCAGACUUAUAUUGAAAGACAGCCAUUGAGAUUUUUUGAUCGUGAACUUUUACCCCAGAUGGUGAACAUCAGUCGACGUCUUUCUAAAUUUGUGGGAUGCGACGCCACAGAUUUGGUGCUGGUUACAAAUGCUACAACAGCCAUAAACUGUGUUAUCAGAGGAAUAAAUUUCCAAAAGGGAGAUACCAUUUUCUUCCUUAGUACUACUUAUGGUGCUGUAAAGAAGUUGCUGAAAGAGGUUUCUGAAGAAAAGGAAUUGCACCUACAAGAAGUGCAGUUGGUGCCACCAGUCACAUGUAAAGAACAGAUAAUUGAUCUGGUUGACAGUAACCUGAAGAGUGGAACUCGAUUGGCUGUGUUUGAUCACAUUUCCAGUAAUUUUCCUUUGGUGAUGCCAUUAAAAGAAAUCCUUCCAAUUUGCAAAAAAAGAGGAGUUCCUGUAUUGGUUGAUGGUGCCCAUGCCCUUGGGUCCCAACCCCUGGAUUUACACUCUCUUCAACCAACCUAUUAUGUGUCGAAUGCCCACAAGUGGUUUUGCUGUCCUAAGGGAUGUGCAUUUCUCUAUGUUGACAAACAGGUAAAACAGACCGUUCGCCCACUGAUCAUCUCCCAUGGUUAUGGAUCUGGGUUCAAUUCUGAAUUUAUUUGGGCAGGCUAUGGAUUUAUGGAUAAUUCAUGUAACUAUCUAUUUAUUUAUCUCAAUUUUUCUUCUGUCUGUCUGCUCAUUAUCUAUCUAUCUAUCUAUCUAUCUAUCUAUCUAUCUAUCUAUCUAUCUAUCUCAGUUUUCCUUCUAUCUAUCUGUCUGUCUGCUCAUAUCUAUCUAUUUAUCUGUCUAUUUGCUAUUUAUUUAUCUAUCUGUCAGUUUUCCCUCUGUUUAUAUCUGUCUUUGUCCAUUCAUAUCUAUCUAUCUAUCUAUCUAAAGGCAAAAGUUGUAGAAACUGUAAGUCUUCAUGACUACACACCUUUCUUGGCUAUGCAUGUUGUUCUGAAUUUUUGGGAAUCCCUAGGAGAAAAAGUGAUUCACAGGUACAUGAAGACUCUUCUGAAUGAAGCAGCACUGCAUUUGAAAUCAGUUUGGCAGACAAGACUGGCUGGUCCCUUGGAAAUGUUUGGUUAG